AUGAACUUUGAGGACAUGGCCAUUGCCUUCUCUCAGGAGGAGUGGGAGAUCCUUGAGGAGGCUCAGAGACGUCUGUACUGUGACGUGAUGCUGGAAGUGUUUGCUCUUGUAGCAUCUGUAGGUUGUAGGCAUAAAAUGAAUGAUGAGGAGGCCUAUUCUGAUCAGAGUGUAUCCAUAGAAGAAGAGUCACAUGUCAGGGAUUCUGAGACAGCUUCAGCAUCCCAGAAGUCGCAUUCCUGUAAACAGUGUUUCUCAGCGUUAAAAGAUAUUAUGCACCUGACUGAGUCACAAGCAGAAUACUUUGAGCACAAAUGCUUCUUCAGUGAGGCAUGUGUGACAGACUUCUGUUUCAGUGCAAACCCUCACCAGCAACAGAGGGAUGCUAGUGGAGAGAUGUCCUGGAAAGUAGCUAUGAACAGGCCCUCAUUUGUGACCAGAAGCAGCUUCUACUUAUCAGAGGUGCCUUCAAAGAACAGGGAGGUUAGGAAAGACGUCCAAGCUCCCUCAGAGCUUCUCCAGCCCCAGGCUUCUCAGAACACCGAGGAGCCACACUGUGGCAGUGAGGUUUCACAAGAAUAUCUCAGUGCAAAAAGUCAUCACCAGUGGGCUGAAUGUGAAAUAGCUGCCGGUCAGAAACAGAAAGUUGUUGAAUCUCAGAGUGUCUCUUCUGAAGAAUUGAUUUAUGAGUUUGACACAUGUAGGAAAGUUUUUAGACGAAUCUUUAACCUCAUUCAACAUAAGAGAGUUGACACCAGAGAAAAGCCAUAUACAUGUACAGAUUGUGGGAAGUCCUUCAGUCAGAGUUCUAACCUCAUUCAUCAUCAGAGAAUUCACACUGGAGAAAAGCCUUAUAAGUGUAGUGAAUGUGGGAAGUCCUUCAGAUAUAAGUCUGAGGUCAAUAAACACCAGCGAAUUCACACAGGAGAAAAGCCAUAUGAAUGUACAGACUGUGGGAAGUCCUUCAGUCAGAGUUCUAAACUCAUUCAACAUCAGAGAAUUCACACUGGAGAAAAGCCUUAUAAGUGUAGUGAAUGUGGGAAGUCCUUCAGAUAUAAGUCUGAGGUCAAUAAACACCAGCGAAUUCACACAGGAGAAAAGCCAUAUGAAUGUACAGACUGUGGGAAGUCCUUCAGUCAGAGUUCUAAACUCAUUCAACAUCAGAGAAUUCACACUGGAGAAAAGCCUUAUAAGUGUAGUGAAUGUGGGCAGUCCUUCAGAUAUACAUCUGAUGUCAAAAAACACCAGCGAAUUCACACUGGAGAACAGCCAUAUGGGUGUACAGAUUGUGGAAAGUCCUUCAGUCAGAGUUCUGCCCUCAUUCGCCAUCGGAGAAUUCACACUGGAGAAAAGCCAUAUGGGUGUACAGAUUGUGGAAAGUCCUUCCGUCAGAGUUCUGCCCUCAUUCGCCAUCAGAGAAUUCACACUGGAGAAAAGCCUUAUGCAUGUAGAUAUUGUAGAAAAUCUUUCAGAUAUAAGUCUGAUGUCACUAAUCACCAGCGAGUUCACACUGGAGAAAAUCCAUAUCAGUGUAAAGACUGUGGGAAGUCCUUCAGUAAGAGUUCCAUCCUCAUCCAACAUCAGAGAAUUCACACUGGAGAAAAGCCUUAUGAAUGCACAGAUUGUGGGGACUCAUUUACCCAAAAAAUGUAG